AAUCCGUCAGUUAACUUCUUAUCAUGACUUCUGUCAGAAUCUUGACAGGAAAAUAAUAAUAGAAAAUCGAAUGUGAUGUGAUCUUAGUUUAGUGAAUCAUUAAAAUUUGAAGAUGUGGAGGUUGUACAAAUGGUUAUUUGUACAUCUACUCCUCGUAGCGAGGUCAGAAUGUAGCGAUAUAACGAGGCAAAUAUUCGGCUCCAACACAAAUGGAAUGCCAGCAGCCUUUGGCGAUUUCGAUUCGGACGAACUAACCGAUGUUUUCGUGAUCCAAGACAACGGAACAACAAUGGAAAUAUUGCUAGCGCAUGAGGAGGAACCUAUUUUAAGAUCUGCCAAGCCCAAACCAUUAAAGUGCAUCUUCGAUCACUCCAAAAUAACCAGUGUCGUUCCCGGAGACUUCGACGGUGACGCUCUCAUGGAUGUCUUGGUGACCACCUUGAACAAGAGAAAGAGUAACGUGACAAACGUACAUAUUUUAUGGGGUGGAGCUAACCAUCUGAAUUGCAGCAACGAAGAUCACCCGAUACUUGAGAUGCUGGGACAACCUUUGGCCAUCGAUGUCAAUCAGGAUAUGAUCGUUGAUCUAUUUGGUGAAAAUCUUAGAAGGGAAAGAGUGUUUUGGAUAUUCCGCAAGGACAGAAAAAUGCCUAGAGAGGAGAAGAUGGAAGAUGGUCACCACAGAAACGUUGUGGAGAGGGACGAAUUGAAAAGGCCUCAUUCUCAUGCCUUUCUAGAUCUCAACGAUGAUUACACAGCCGACCUCUUCAUAACCACCAAGAAGGGUUUCGAAAUAUGGCAUGGCACUGAGGACCAUAGGCGGUUCUUCCACGUUGAUACCAUCCCUCUCCCAAACGCUGCUCAUAUUGGCCAGGCUUCCUUCAUAGACGCCGAACUUCGCGAGAGGAUGGAUUUGAUAAUCCCUGUCUGUGUCGAUGGCAAAGAAUGCCGCAACAGCCAGCUGUUAACCUACUCUGAAGGCGUCUGGCAAGACCUCUUGGUGGACCUCAAAGACGCUUCCGGCAACCUCUGGAGGUUUGCCCAGAACGAUGGCGGCAGGUAUACCAAUGUCAUCACCUUGUACCACGGCGACUUCAACAUGGAUGGCUACCCAGACAUACUGACCACACUGUCACCGGUUGACAACUACCACCCGCAGUCUUUCCUCCUGGAGAAUGUACCUGCCCCGACCACCAGAGGAAACCACAAGAGGACUUACAGGGUCAAAUGGAACGCCCUGAACCCUUUCAACAACGGCACUGUUCUUGCCACGUUCUUCGAUUUCUACCAAGACGGCAUCUUAGACGUCAUCCUAGUGACCUUCGAUGGGAAGGACUACAAAGCUGCAGCCUUCAAGAACAGCCUGGACUACGACGCCAACUUCAUAAAGGUCAUGGUGUUGACCGGGCUGACCAACAAGAACAACCAGAUGAUCAUGGGAAGAGUGGGAAAAAAACGCAGGACUUACGGUACUAACCUUCCGGGUCCCAGGAUUUCCUAUUCUACCACCACACAGGAAGGCAACCUAAGGCACGCAGCUGCCGCACAGUUGCCCCAAUCCGCCCACUUCAGUCUGAACUUACCCUAUACUAUCUUCGGGUUGGGUAGGACUCCCAACUUUGUGGACUUCCUGACGGUUGGGCUGUCCAAUCAUUCGAAAGACUGGCCCCAGAUCAUCCCCAACUCUCAGAUGGUGGUGAUUCCUUGGCCCCCCAGUGAGCCGAACAAGUGGAGAGCUCAGCUGUUCGUAACGCCCAGCAAGUUGAUCUUGAUGUCCGUUGCUGCCCUUACAGGGGUUUGCGGGUUGAUAACUUUACUCAUAGGAGUGUUGUAUUGGAAGGAGAGGCAGGAGGAUAAGAAGGAGAGGUUGUCUGAAUCGCACAGAUUUCAUUUCGAUGCUAUGUAGAUAGUUUUGUUAACCUGCGUUGUGAUACAGUUUGAGGUUUUGUUAUUAAGUUAUUUUACUAAUAAAUUUUAUUGUAAUAUUAAGUUGAA